AUGACAGAAGAUUUGAACACAAACUUGUAUUUCGUUUCCAAUCUACCAUACGAUGUAACAGAAGAAGAAGUGAAAAUUUAUUUUAAGCCCAAGUAUGAAGUUACCUACUGCAGGUUGAAGAAAACACAUUUGGGAAUUCAAAGCUGCCAUGGGUAUUUAAGGUUCUCUAAGAAUGAAGAAGACGUAGUAUAUUAUGUUAAAAGAAAGAAAUUCCAAGAUAGACAAGUGUGUAUGGAAUUGAUGGAGGAUGUUUCCCCAAAUGAUGAGGUGUCUGGGGAAGGAGGUGAUGACAAUUGGGGAGAUGAUGUGGAGAGUAAAAUAUAUCAACAUAUAUGGAAUGGAAAUUCAGAUUUUAAAGUAUUUUUAAAUGAUGAAGGGAAUAUGAAGAAGGGACAAGGUAUUUAUCAAGGAGGAGGAGCAGGAGCAGCAGGUAGUAGUGGUCAGAAGUAUGACAUUGGAAAUUCGAAACGAAGAAACAAAUGGAAUCCUAAAAAAUUGAAGGAAAAAAUUGAAAUAAUAAAUGAUAAAGGAAUGAUAACGGAACAUGGUUAUGCUAUUUUGAAUAACAUGAAUAUGUAUGACGUAAUUCUUUUGAUUAAAAAAUUGCAGGAAUUAGUUAGGUUUUCCCCAGAAACAUGUAUUAAAAUAUUGAAUGAAAAUAAAACAAUUUAUUAUUCACUAAUUCAUGCUCUUUUCCUUCUUGGUAUUUUAAACGUCGAAAUGAACUUGCUGAAUGAAGAAGACAUUAGUAGAAUUCAUUUUCAUACAAUUAAAAAUAAGUUCCAAUAUUUUUGCAUGAAUAAAGGUGAUGACGAGAUAAACCUGAAUACUUCAGAUGAACGGCAAGUACACAAUAGAGAGGAAUUAUACAAGCAUGUUCGUUCAAAGGAGGAGUUUACAAUGAGCUAUGAGGGAAAUUACCAAGAUGGUAUUGUUCAUUUUGGAAUGGGCCAGCAUGAAAUGGGCCGGCAUGCAAUGCACGGCCGUGGGAUAGACAAUUGGGGAAUGCCUCAUGGGAGUGAGCCCAAUGGAGGUGAUAUGAGAAAAGAAGUGUAUGGAGGUCAGCCACGGGUUGAGGGAAAACAAGCACCUAUUAGAAAAAGGAUAGAGGGGAACAAUUUGGAGCAAAAUGAACAACUUGAGAAGGGAAGAAAAAAAAAAAUAAAAAUGAAUAAUAUGAUGUAUGAAGAAAAUAACCAACUUGGAUGUCCAAGUUAUAAUUAUGAAGAUCAUGUUAAGAAUGAAAUGAAUGUUAGAGGGAAUGAUACAACAAGUGGGAUAAUAUCAUCAUCAAGCAAAUGGAAAAGUGCAAAUUAUACACUUUCAAAUCGAGCUACAAGUAGUAGUUAUACAUCGAAUGAUAGAAAAAAGACAGAGAGAAAUAUUAAUUGGACAAACCAGAAUGUAGAAUUAAUGAGGAAUAACAAAUAUCCAUUAGCUGCAAAUGGUGGACAUGUAUCAUCAGAUGAUUAUCGACAACAGAUGCACAAAAUAGAUAAAAGUUUUACAUAUGAAGAAAAUGAAAGUGACAUAUUAAAUGGAGAAAAUCAAAUGAACCUUUCUACUUAUUAUAGUGAUAAAAAUGGAAGUGAUGGUUGUAAUUAUAGUGAUCCAUUCUCACUCUCCAUGCCAAUUAAUAAGAGAAUGGGAAACCCAAAUGGACACGUGCUCGGCGAGCAAUAUGUUCAUACGAAUAAGGGCAUAAUAGGUAAAGAAAAAAUAAAGAGCAAAUAUGGGGCCAAAAAUGGGGCCAAAAAUGGGGCCAAAAAUGGGGCCAAAAAUGGGGCCAAAAAUGGGAAUGCGCUUGUGAGUGGAGGAGAUAAGUCCUACGAUUGUGAUAGUUAUCGUGAUAUUAACUAUGGUGAUAGUAGCUAUGGAGAUUGUAACAUCCAUGAGAAUAACAUUUUGAAAUGUAGUAACCGAGAGGAGAAUUACAAUAAUGAUUAUCCAAUUGGAAGAACUGCCUCCACAGGUUUAUAUGCAAAAUGUGUAAAUGUAAAUUUCAAUUCUGAAAAAGGCAUAUAUCGAAAUUAUGAUGAUAUCCAAACAAUGCAGCAUGCAAAUGUUGCUGUUAAAGCAAGAAUGGAUCCUCAAGAUUGUGAAGAGACAGAGACAAAGGGGGGAAAAGUGCAGUGGAGGAACGAAAUCGCGCGAGAAAAUACUUUCGAUGAGAUCGAUGGAAUAAACCACAAUUCUGAUUCUCAUAACAUUUGCAAUAACGAAUUUAAGAAUCCACCUCGAAAGAGGAACAUCCAUCAUGAAACCUUCACUAACAAUAGGAAGAAUGUUAUAAAUAAUUCAGAAUGUAAUGUUGAAACAUGUACAAUCGAUAGAAAUGAUCCCAUCUCCAUAGAUGUCUCAAAGAAUCAGGGCACAAGAAGCUGUACUCCAGAUGAAGACAGAAUGGGCUAUGGUCAAUCGUUAUACCGUUGGGCUACGCGUAAAAAAUGGAUUCCAAAAGAGGAUGAAGAGGAACUCUUGGAGACGAACUUGGAUUCAAAUGUGGAGGAGAACUUGGAUGCAAAUGUGGAGAAGAACUUGGAUGCAAAUGUGGAGAUGAACGUGGAUUCAAAUGUGGAGAUGAACGUGGAUGCAAAUGUGGAUACGUACUUGGAUUCAAAUGUGGAUACGUACUUGGAUUCAAAUGUGGAUACGUACUUGGAUUCAAAUGUGGAUACGUACUUGGAUUCAAAUGUGGAGACGCACUUGGAUUCAAAUGUGGAGACGCACUUGGAUUCAAAUGUGGAGACGAACUUGGAGAUGCAUCUAGUGAGGAAUAACAAACCAACCCAAGAAAGAAGAGCUCGUAGAGAUAGCCACAGGAGUGAUCUCUCGAGUAACAGUUAUAGUGGGGAGGGAGAAGGAGGUCCGACUAGGAAUGAUUGCCACGGCAUUAAUGCAGAACAUGAAGAUGAACACCAGCGUACAAGAGAAGAGAACCUAACAGGAGAAAAACACUUAGAAUUUGGAAAAAGGUUAAUUAAAAAAAUUAACACAUCCAAUAUGCAACGAAGAGGAAUUAAAUUAAUUGAUAGAAUGAAGGGAAAUGAAAAAAUGAAUGAAGAAAAAAAAGUUAUCAAAAUUAAAAAUAUAGAUGCUUUUAUUAAUAAGGAAGCAAAUAAAGGAGGAGAGAAAUUUUUAAGCAACAGUUUAAAAAUUAUUUUAAACAAAAUAAAUCUCACAUUGAAUGAAAUUCCAUAUGCUGAUGAAGAUCUAUUGAAGGAAAUUAUUAAGCAAAAGCCAAUUCUACAAAACAUCCUUAUCAUUAAGUAUUCAGAUAUGGUAAACUGGAGCAAGGAGCAAAUUCUGAGGGUUCUAUCGAUUAGAAAGACCUUAAAAAGUAGGGGGUACAGUGUCAACGGCAUCAUCUAA